AUGGAGAAAUUGAAAGCCGCUAAAAAGGUCGCCCCGGACGGGGGCUGGGGAUGGAUGGCAACGUUCGGUGUAAGCAUGGUGAAUUUGGCUACUCGCUCGAUUGAACCCUCGUUUGGGCUGCUGUUCGGGGAUCUGCUAAAGGAUAUGCAGGUCGGUACGACCGGUGCCGCCAUCAUCAUCAGCACACUCGAUGUGAUGAUGAACUUUUCCGGCCUGUUCGUGGGCCCGCUGCUGAAGGAGUUCUCGUACCGGAAGGUGGCGAUCGCUGGUUCGCUUCUAUGCUGUAUCGGGCUCGCGCUAACGUCACCCGCCACCAAUAUGGCGCACAUUCUCGCCACUUACAGUGUGGUUAAUGGUGUGGGAGUUGGGCUAGCGACGUCCGCGGCGUUCGUCGCACUUAAUCACUACUUUGCGAAGAAGCGUGGCCAAGCGGUAGGCCUCUCGAUGGCGGGUACGGCCCUCGGUAUGCUGAUAAUGCCGCAGCUGGUGCGCAUACUGCUCGAGCUGUACGGUUUCCGCGGUGCGGUACUGGUGUUGAGCGGUCUCGCACUGCACGCGACGGUCGGUGCGAUGCUGCUGCAACCGAUCAAGUGGCAUCUGAAGGAGGAGGAGGUCGACAUCGAGCUGGUGGAGGCAACGCCACCGAUGGGCAUCAUUCUCGAGCAGGAGGACGAUGAUAAUGAUUCGCUGCCAGAGAUAAAAUCGUUGCUCUUUCCGCGGCGCGUUGGCAGCGAACGGAAGCAGUCGGACGGAGCGGGCGCAACGGCCGGUGCAACCGGUUCGGCAGGUGGAGCAGCGUCAGCAACAGGGAACGGGACGGGCGUUGGUGGUGCCGGCGGAACGCCGGUUGGGUUACCGAAAAGGCCCACCUUUCCCCGCAUCACAUCGUCGGUUAGUGUGCAGAAUCAGGGCGGCGUUGGGAUGCGUACGCGACCGUCCUUCCCGAGGAUCGCAUCGACCGCUAGUAUGAGCUUGGCUUUGCGUCGACGCCGUGAAUCGGUCGUUUCGCAGCUGUCGACGAUGGACUUUACCGGCAGUGGAAGUUGUAUGCAUAUCCACGUGGACACGGGUGAUGCCGAUGCGGAGGAUGUGGACUAUCAGAUCAUAAGGCGCGUCAACACGCACGUCGGUGUGUCCACGCUCGGUUCGUUUGCACGCGUCCCGUCCCGAUCCUCCAAGCGCCUGGAAACGGUCAAAUCGGAGCUUGGUCUGGAGAUGGUCAAACCGAAGGUGUCGUUCCUGCAGCGCUUCACCGCUCUGAUGGACGUGGGACUGUUGCGUGACGGCAUCUACCUCAACAUCCUGUUCGGCUUAUCGAUUUUCUACGUAGCCGAGAUGAACUUCAAGAUGGUGACACCGUUCUUUAUGGCUAGUCUCGGCUUUGAUAAGACUGACACCGCGUUCGUGCUGUCCGUGUCGGCACUCACCGAUAUUGCGGCCCGUAUCAUUGUGCCACCGAUCGGCGAUCGCCUCAAGAUACGCAAGCGCUACAUCUUCAUGGUGUCACUGAUCUUCGUCGCGAUCACACGGUCAAUUGUUGCCCAUCAGCGUACGUACACGGACGUGAUGAUAUGGUUGUCGGUGACCGGAUUCUUUCGCGGUGUUGCCCUCGCCAACUUUACGCUGUGCGUGUCCGAGUACUCAUCGCUCGAGAAGCUGCCGGCUGCGUUCGGCUGGCAUAUGGUCGGCAAGGCGGUGUUUGUGAUUUUGUUCGGCCCACUGAUCGGUGCCAUCCGGGACUGGACCGACAGUUACGCGAUCUGCAUCCAUUCGCAAUCGUUCUGUAUCUUUCUGUGUGUGGCGGCGUGGUCCGUUGAGCUGCUGGUGAAGCGUUGCCGCACGAAAAAAAUCGUCGAAGCAAAUCCCACCGUAUAA